CCGGAAUUCGACAAGCACUGCAAUGCAUGUCCACGGUCGGCGGCCCCUUCUUACAGCCGAAAGUCUUUUGUUCUAGCUUCGCACAUCCUCGUCUUCUGGUCACAGCAUCGCUUCGCGGCAGGAAGGCACAAGGAACACGCCCAUUGAACUGUGAAGGGCAGGAUCAAUAAAGUUGAAACGAUGGUCACUUUUCCCCGCUGGCCAUGCUCGACGUUGCUGUCUGGCCCACCGCCCUUUCUCUAUUGGACGCCUCUAGCCGGAUCAUGUCAACGUCGACGUAGGUACGGCAAGGUGCCGGAAUCGACCUGGUCUCGGGGUCAGGUAUAAAUACUUGGGCGGGAGCGUCCGUUGUAUUCCCCACAGUACUCUCUCGACUCCCGUCUAGUACUUACACUCAUCAUCUCUUAUCACCUUCUCAUCUCUCUGCCAUGAAGCUCGCACUCGCUGUAUCUGCCCUCUCCGCGGUUGCGCUCGCUGCCCCCGCCGAGCAGUACUGCAAUAACGGUGCUAACUGCUACGCCGGCGUGCACGGCUGGGGCGGAUUCAUCCACUACGAGCCCUAUCAGGGCAAUCUCAUGGAUGCCUGCCGCUACAAUGACAACGCUGUCGGCGGGACCGGUAACCUCUGGGGCACCAAGGCAUGCGUUGCGGUCGCCGUCAGUGACACCAAGAUCGGGCCCGAGACCGUUCAGAACCUAGCGAGCUGCGGCCACCAGAACCUCACCUGCAUCUGGGAGGAGCCCCACCUCGACUACAAUCUCUACGCCAGUAUUGUCGGCGACUGCGCGUGGCAGCCUAAUGGCUGCCCUAUCACCCAGCAGAAUUACAUUGACUUCAUCUACGGUACUCUAAGCGAGAUCGGAUCCAGCGAUUGGCCGAGCAGCGUCGAUACCCUGCUCACCGAGGGCUGGCAAGCCCUCCUCGACUGGACCAAGACCGGCGACACCAUUCCCUACACGAACUUCGACGACUUCCUGCACUACGGUUAAUCGAUUGGACUCGACUCUAGUCAGGUGUCCCAGCAUGGGGCACCCACCUUGACGAUAUCUACCAUGAACGAACUUUUUGCCAGUGGACUUCACGUACACUCCGGACUUGUACUGACGAUUUGUGACAUUACUCUACUAUACCAUUCGACCACUUCUUCACCAUCAGUCAUAGCUAACGACCGUGUAAUAAUCAACUUGCGCUCUA